UUUCAACCCCAUUCAACUUACCAAAUCAAACUCUCAUUUUCUUAGAAAAUCAUAAAUUCACAUUUCCAAAGAAAGUUUCUCAUUAGUCACUAGCCGUAACACACACACUAUGGCUAAUUACAACCACGUAGUUUAUGUUGUUUUAUUCAUGGCUCUAGUGGUUGUUACACCACGGGCUACUAAGGCCGCGGUCACUUGUGGGACCAUGGCCACUAGCCUCGCUCCAUGUCUUGACUACCUCGAGCGUGGGAGCGGCCAGGGUGCCCCACCUGGUGGUUGUUGCUCCGGAAUUAGGUCCCUUAACUCCGCGGCUCAAACCACUCCUGACCGUCAGAUGGUUUGCAAGUGUCUCAAAUCAGCGGCUAAGGCCAUGCCAAAUGUCAACCUUGGGUUGGCUUCUUCUAUUCCUUCUAAGUGUGGGGUUAACAUUCCAUACAAGCUUGACCCUUCUACUGAUUGCUCCACGGUUCACUAAGAGAAAGAAGAGCAAGCCAAUUAAGGUUCGAUCUAAAACUCUAGAAAUGUCGCGAAGAUGAAUAAAGUUGGAUUGUUAGGGAUGGAUCGGAGCCAGAUUUCGUACUAGAGUAUUAAGUUUUUAUUUGAAUUAUGUAAUAGGUGUUGAAGUUUAGUUUGAUGUAUGAGGUUGUUAUGUAGUAAAAAUAUAUCAGUUAAUAUAUGCUCCGGUCUAAGGAGUAUAUAUAUUUUAAUUAAGCAUAUUGAAAUAAUCUUAGAAAGCUUUCUUUUUA